AAUUCAAUAGCGGCGGGUAAAAAUAUUUGUGGGGGCACGGAGCGGCAGAAGGAUUAGAAGGCGAGCCGCGGCAGGAAGUAGAGUCUUGAGUGAGAGGGCACAGGCAGAUGUAACAGUUUACCAGUGCUUCGGUUUGAGAUGCAGCACAGAAGGAUACCGGGUUGAUUUUUGGUCUCGGCUGUUCUACUCGAGUGAGGCGACCGGACAAGACGGAGUCUUUGAGACGGCGAACAGGCUGGAACCCGGAGCAACUUAACGAGCCGAAAGGUUUAGGUUACUAAUCAGAUUUGUGUAUCUGCCCUUUAAAAACAAUUUAACCCCUGGAAUUGAACUCUUGUUUCAAAGGUUGUGUGUUUGGGUCAUGUCUCCGAAGAGAUCCACUGACCUCCUCUGACUAAGAGUUGAGAUCAGCCUGGAGUGGAAUGUAGGAUGUCACCAGAGCUAUUUUGGCUAUGUACACCCACUAAUGAUUGUGAUCGCAAAGCGCGGAGCAGUUGCUUUGCUUUAUUUUUUUGCUCGACCGCCAACUUUUAUCAUGCAGCACUCCAAAGUACUGCAGGGGUUAGAGAGUUAAACGAAUGGCACACCGGCUCCGUUUGGACUUUGCGUCAAGGAGAAGCCACACCGACCCUCUGUCAGAGUGCCUCAGCAGCCAUGGUGAGGAGAGUGGAGUUAUUUUGUCAGCUGAUAACCUCGCAGAGAGUCUGGCGCACAGUUCUCUCCACUUCAAGGUGACUUCGCCGUCACCUGACUAUGGAAAUUUACAACGAUAUUCUUCGGUAUUGAUUCCGAGGGUUAACGCAAAAGGAUGUAGUCAAAAAAGCGUCGUGCAGAUAUCACUACAGCCCUGCGGCACGCUCAGCGGGGGCCUGGAUUGCACCGUAGGGGAAGGAGAUCCCGCGAGUAGUGAAACGGGAGCGAUUGCCAGCUCUGAUGGGGGUUCGUGUAGCAGCAGUAUGGCCAGCGAUGCCGGAUACUGGAGUAGCAACAGCAUCUUUGAGCCAGAGACUCCAGAAAAACACAGGACCACUCAAGAGAAGAGUGUUCUCUGCUGCAAGUCCAAAGUUCCCUUGAGACGUUGUUCCUCCUUGGUUAUUUUCCCCAAAAGCCCCUGCAGCACGCCACCCGCAUCUCCGGUAAACCCAAUCGCUCUUCCUGCUUUCUUUGGAACGAGAGCUCCUCUCCAGACACCUGCCGCUGAUUCCUCACGGGAUGAAGAGGAAAUGACUUGUAAAGAGUCGGCCACAUCUGCAAGUAGCCAACAUUGUCUCAAGGGAGACCCUGCACCUGAAUGUCGGGACACCAAACAUAUGGUCCACUUUAAUAUUCCUCUCCAAGACAAAUGCAAAGUGGAGGGCGGGAACGAUGUGAUGGAGCAGUCACCGUCGAACGAUAAAUCUCAUCAUUGCUCAAGAAGCGUUCUGCUACACUUUGCUCAUCAAAGACCAUCAUUGUGUGGAGUCAAAGCCGAAUGUCCCGAUGCUCCCCCCUUCCUUGCGGAGCCUGAGACUCCACGCGACCCCAAGAAAAAACUGUACCGUAGUACCUCAGCUUGUUUGUUCUCCUCGGGGAAACCGUCAGAGGAAAAACUCUUGGCAAAAGGACACGAAAGGUUGGAGAAAAACAAUUGUCAUCGCGCCAUACAACGGAGCUUUUCCCUGGAGGUGCCCUAUGCAAACACGGGCAUUUCAUGUCACGUUUCAAACACCAAACUCGGUAGUACGUGCUCGCCACACGUACAUAUUCAUCUGUCUCCGUGCUGUCCGACGACGUUGCCGAGCUUACCUAACGAUGCAGACGCAAGCUGCAAAGGAAGCAGUACCGCAAAGAACUUAGGUCAAAGUGCUGAGACACGUGAUGACUUUCUGGGACAGGUGGAUAUUCCUCUCAGUCAGAUACCAACAAAUAAUUCAUCUCAUGGAAGGCCAUAUACAUUCAAGGAUUUUCUGCUUCAUCCCAGAAGUCACAAGUCCAGAGUUAAGGGCCAUCUGCGACUCAAAAUGACAUACAUGCCGAGAAACUCUGAUUCAGCCGAAGAACCAACAGAUCAGAAUGACAACACAGAUCCUCCAUGGGAGUUAUUGGAAUCUCAGGACAUGUCAGGCCCCAUGCAGAGUGAGCAGACACCUGUUCUGCCGCCUGGCUGGGAGGAGCGUCAGGAUAACCUGGGAAGAACCUUCUAUGUCCACCACGAGAGCAGGACCACACAGUGGAGGCCACCAGCCUUACAUGACAAUAAUGCAGACACAAGGCGACAAAAUACUGCAAGACAGAGGGCGCAGAAUUAUAUUACACGCAGACAGAUCUCAGACCCUGAUGAGACCACUGCACAAGAUGAGGAAUGGGAGGUUUUUGGAGAAGAUGAUAUCAGUUUGAGCCAGGCCAACCAGGUCACAUUGCCUCCACCUCCGAAUCCCCCGGAGGUACAGAUGUUGGUUGAGGAGCUGAGAAACGUUUAUAGUCGAAGGGGCACAACUCGUGAGCACCAGGAUCAUGCAUGUAAUUCGAGCCAUUCCGUUCGCGCAAGAACUUUUCACUUGUCAACAUCAGAGGAGCAUCCUGUUAAUUCAGUGCCGGUUCAGACCUCUGCGGCGCUGCCUUCAGGAUGGGAGGAGAAGAGGGACACUAAAGGAAGACGCUAUUUUAUCAACCACAAUACCCGAACCACCUCAUGGAUACGACCCACCUUGCAUAGAACAAAUUCAACCCCUGCGGCUUCACGAAAUAGUGCUGGUACACCAUCCUUCCAGUCUGCGACCCUUCAACCAUCUCCCCAGUACACUCCCAGCCCGGAAGCUGCAUCUGAAUCAGGCUCCAUGCCAACUGGUUGGGAAGUCCGCAGUGCUCCCAAUGGAAGACCCUUUUUCAUUGACCACAACACAAAGACGACUACCUGGAAAGAUCCCAGGCUUACGACUCCUGUUCAUGUGAGAAGGAGAGCAUCAAUUGACCCUUCUGAUCUUGGCCCAUUGCCACCUGGUUGGGAGGAGAGAGUUCACACGGACGGGAGGAUAUUCUACAUUGAUCACAACACGAAGAUCACACAGUGGGAUGAUCCUAGAUUACAAACCUCAGCAAUAACUGGACCAGCAGUGCCUUAUUCCAGAGAUUAUAAACAAAAGUAUGACUACUUCCGCAAGAAACUGGAGAAACCAGUCAACAUACCAAAUAAAUUUAGCAUAAAGGUAAGACGAAACGCAGUGCUGGAGGACUCGUACCGGCAAAUCCUCGUCGUGAAGCGGGCGGACUUGUUGAAAGCAAAGCUGUGGGUGGAGUUUGAGGGAGAAAAGGGUUUGGACUACGGAGGCUUGGCCCGGGAGUGGUUCUUCCUCAUGUCGAAGGAGAUGUUCAACCCCUACUACGGACUCUUUGAAUAUUCUGCAACGGACAACUAUACACUGCAGAUUAAUCCCAACUCGGGUCUGUGUAAUGAGGACCACCUGACUUAUUUCAAGUGCAUUGGCCGUGUAGCAGGCAUGGCAGUCUGGCAUGGAAAACUGCUUGAUGCUUUCUUCAUUCGGCCUUUCUACAAGAUGAUGCUGCAGAAAUCCAUCACUCUGCAGGACAUGGAGUCUGUCGAUGGUGAAUAUUUUAAUUCGCUCAAAUGGAUUUUGGAGAAUGAUCCAACUGACCUGGACUUGAUGUUCACCAUUGAUGAGGAACUCUUUGGACAGACUCACCAGCACGAGCUAAAGCCCAAUGGCGCGGAGAUUGUCGUCACUAAUGAAAACAAGAAGGAAUACAUCCAUCUUGUGAUGCAGUGGCGCUUUGUAAACCGAAUACAGAAGCAGAUGACCGCCUUCAAGGAUGGAUUCUUUGAGUUGAUCCCUCAAGAUCUGAUCAAGAUCUUUGACGAGAACGAGCUUGAGUUGCUAAUGUGUGGUCUGGGGGAUGUGGACGUGAACGACUGGAGACAGAACACCAAGUACAAGAGUGGCUACAACGCCGAUCACGUAGUUAUCCACUGGUUCUGGAAAGCAGUACUGCUGAUGGAUGCCGAAAAAAGAAUUCGUCUCUUGCAGUUUGUGACGGGAACCUCCCGAGUCCCAAUGAACGGUUUUGCGGAACUCUAUGGCUCUAAUGGGCCACAGCGGUUCACCAUUGAGCUGUGGGGAACCCGUGACAAACUGCCCCGAGCACACACAUGCUUUAACCGCCUGGAUCUUCCACCUUACGAGUCCUUCGAAGAACUGAGGGAGAAACUUAACAUCGCCAUUGAGAAUGCACAAGGCUUUGAAAUAGAUUAGACAUAUUCAAUGACGCUAAGUGAGAAUCCAUGCGGCGCCAAAUGUUGUGAAGUUCCAAACCACAGCCGGCGGCCGAAGACGACAACUCAACAAAUGUUUGGAGUGACAGGUGUUAUAUCUCUACUAGUCUUCUGAAGUUUACACAUCAGAGUCUUUUUGUCUCAAGUGAAAUGACAAACACUAACCAUGAGACCACAGCCAUAUUUUUAGGGCUUUUCAGGGCGUCUCUGGAUUCACUUUGAUAUAACCUGACAACAUUUCAUGCCUUUGUUUUCACAUCACUUUUUUUUAAUUUUUUUUUUAUAAAUAUAUAGUUGUCCUACUUUAUUCUCGUAAAGUAAGGUAAUGUACAGAGUAAAGGGUUGUGUAAAUAAUACAAGCAUCUUGGGUCCAGGUGUGGAAUCAUUGCCCACUUCUAAUGGUAAUUAAAAAAAAAGAUGUGGUUUUUAACGUCAUCCUUUCUUUUGCUCUUACCUCUAAUAAAUACCCCAUAAAUAAUAAUUAAAUUAAAUAAUUAAUUAAAUGGUGGUAAUAAAAAAAGACGUGGUUUUUAACCUCAACCUUUCUUUUGCUCUUACCUCUAAUGAAUUCCCCAUAAAUAAAAUAAUGAAAUAAUUAAUUAAAUGAUGGUAAUUAAAAAAAGAUGUAGUUUUUAACCUCAACCUUUCUUUUUUAAAACUCCAUCCUCUUGAUCCUUUGCUCUUACCUCUAAUGAAUGAAUUGCCCAGUCAUCCACAGUGAUGCCUUGAGAUACAAUUUUAAUUCAUUCAGUGACCAUGCUUGUAACUGUUCACAUCCCAAAUCAUCUUUACACCUCAAAAUAAAUGCCAUUAAUUAAAAAAAAAAAACACCACCAGACCCUUCCCCAAAAUAUUGGAAUGCAUUUUUUUAAUGGAAAAAAUACAAUACAAAUAGCACUCUGUAAUAUUGCACUUCAUAGAAAUGGAUACAUCAAAACAUAAUUAAAUAUAAUGUAUAAGAUUUAGUACAAGACUUGAAUAUAAGAAUGAAACUGUUUUUGUCACACUUCGCUCCAAUUAAAUAGAUAUUUGUGCUGCUCCUUCUGGUGUUCAUGCUUUGGCCACCUCGAGGCAGUACAGACAUACACGGAUCGACAUGAAGUAAGCCAUGCUAAUGCUAAUUUGUCUUCACAGAGGAUAAAAAAUAUAGACCAAAUAGAUUUUUAUAUUACCUAUUCACAUGAAUUGUUCCACAUGUUUAAAAUGUUAAAUAUUAAUUCCUUGAAUGGUUCUGACACGUCACAUCCAUCGAUGUUAUUGAUUAGCCCGUCAGUGGCGUUUCACAUUAUAUGUUAGCAUUAAGCUAGCAAACUUAAAGGCAAAGUUGUGUGGCUGCUGUCAAUACACAAUUGUUUUAUGUUUAGUUUCAAUUUGAAAUGGCCAUUUUUUUAUUUCAUUUUAAAUCAGCUGAAUGACAGUUGGUAUGUCAACAAACCCAUCAGUCUUGUAACUCGUAUCCCAAGUCAUCACUGUAUUCUUAAAUCAAAAUCUACUCUGACAUUGAAGUCUUUUUGCCUUUAAAAAGGAAAUUACUACAUUUUAAAAAGAUGCAUCUAUUAACUAACACAAUUCAGAUUGUUUCUAUUAAGUUGUAUACAUGCUUUUACAUUAUUCAUUCCAGUAUAUUAGACACACUGAGGUGGAGAGUGUAUGCGCCUUAAAUACAGAAAAUGUGCGGGUUAUGUGCAAGUAAGCCAAGUAUAUGUAUAGUAUAAGGGGCUUAAAACGUACCAAUGCCAGGACCAGUUUAAUGCUUGACUAAUUCUCUUGUCUGUGUACAGACGCAAAGAGCUUUGAGUAUGUUACAAUACUAUGCAUCAUAUACAAACUCCUACAAAAUGAUGAAGCUUUUACUAUGGCACUCAAGGUGAAUAAAAACAGUUGUUGGUGUACAGCUAUGUACCUUUUAAAAUUACGCUUUACGCUAAUUGUCGUAUCUUAUACGAUUACGUCUACUGUACGUGUGUACAAAAAACAAAGAACGUUACGACACGUGACUGAUCAUUUAUCAGGAGUCUAAUUGCAGCGGUCAACUCAAAACGAUGUUUAUAUGCUUUGACAAACUGUUCUAUACUUAUGCUGUUUAUUCAAGAUGGUCUUGUCAUACCGUGGUAUAAGUAGUACGUUUUUUAAACAAUGUUUUAUUGUUCUCGUCACGGACAACAAAGCUACACGACGCUUUUAUAAAGUUCCGCACUUUGUUCGUAUCAACGAGUCUUACUUCUGAACUGCCACCUGCACACUUCUUAAAACGAUCCUCUGCUUCAAGUGCACCCGGUGAAAUGUUUACAUGUGAACAUUGCUGAAAUGAAGCACAUUCUCUUCUUUCUCUCUCGUAUUGAAAAUGACAUCUCGCCUAUUUUUGUCAUCGAUAUACAUAAUGUUCUAAUCCUGAAAAGUACUGUUAAAUGUGCCUUUUGUUUAUGAGAUAAUACCACGUGGAUAAACAUUUUCUUUCAAACGUCACCUGUAAGUGCAUUAUAGCAAACAUUCAUGCUACAUAAUGUAUAUGAAAACACUUUAAAGCAUGGAAUGAAAUGUAGCUUUGAAAAUUGCUGAUAGCACAGCAAACAAAGAGAUAUAUUUGACUAAUAAAGAAACGUGAAAACAA